AACAAAAUUUUUUUUUUUUUUUUUUUUUUGUUUGCCGACACGCAGAAGUAUACAAGGUGUCUCAUAUACGUAGGAUAAUAAAGAUAAUAAGUACUACCGUAAAUUUCUUCUAAAAAAAAAAUAAUCAGAAUCGCCCAAAUUUUUACACAAAGAGCCAGCAAAUAUAUUAAAAAAUGAGUAUAAUAAAUAAUAAUAAUAAAUUUCGAAAACGAUGAAUUCUCAGAAAUUUAAAUUUUGGUCAAAGGAAAAAGAUGUAUAUUUUUUGACAAGGAAUAUCUAUACUUCAUAAGGAACACUCCGUAUAAUACGAUGCGUGUGUACUUUGGAAUUUUUUUUGUUCUCGAAUACAUUACGCCUCUAUUCAUUCGACAGAUCUGUACAAUGUGCUUUCCGGAAUAUCUCGGCGUGUUAAAGUGAAAAUGCCCAGUAUCAGGUGUUAGAUCCGGAAAGCGCGUUUGAAAUGUGCGCCUCUCUACGCGGCGAUUCUCUUUCAUCGCGAAACGAAUUUGCGAAACAAUCGGCAAUUUUUGCUCGUCGUUAGCCGUAACCUCGCGGUUAAUAACGCGCCAUUGUGCUUUCGUGCUUUCGCAUCGCGUUGCGAGCCCGCGGGUCUCUUUCGUUUUUAGCGAUGACGCGAGCGAGAGAACGCGGAAUGGAAACAUUUGCCCGGUCACUUUCGCGGCGCUUUGAUAAUAUCAAGGCGGACGAAGCGUGGAAGAUUUUAACCAUUGGUCUAAUUUAGAGCUGGUCUACAUUUAGAACGUUCACUACCCAAGUACACCAUCUGAUUUACGUCAAUUUGUAACAUGUUAAUUUACGCGAUUACGUGCACACUAACUCUAGGCACGGCAAAAAACAUUCUCUCUUAAAUAUUGUAUUGUUUCAUUGCUCUGUUAAAAUAUUAAACUCCACAAUUGUAUCGAUAUAGAAUCAUUCAUGUUGGACUGCCGUUUUAUGGAGGACAUGCAAAGUCCUGAAAAAAAUGUACAUUUUAUUUCCAUUUUAUUCUUCAAAAGAGAGAGAGAGAGAGACGCUGUAAUCUGUGCGUGUUAAAGACACAUUGAGAAACGCGUUUCAUUGUAAUCGCGUAUACUUUGGUUUCGCGGUAACGUGCGAAAUUUUGUAAGAUGUCGAGCGGAGACCUCGCGAUUGACUCAUCCGUUUGGCCAGUUGAAAGCAAAAAAUUCUAAGCCUGAAAUUCAUUGAAUUAGCAGUAGACGGGAUUAGCAAAUGCACCGUGAGAUUGACAUUAAGCUAAAGAGAAGUCCAUUUCAGUCGCGCUCUUACGUAAUUGAGGCGAAGUAAUCGUUAAUGCAAAUCUCUUUUUAAUCUCGAUAUUCCCGUUUAUAAAUACCUAAAAAAUCGAUAGAUAUUUACAAAUAAUAUUCAACUAUUAUUUCAUAUUCUCCUAUAUAUAUGUAUAUGAUAAGAUAAGUGAAAUAAUUAUAUGCAGUUUGAGACGCGCCGCGUCGACUAACCGUGGUAAGUAUAUUAUUACAAGAGCUGUGUGUGGGACGCUACGAUUUAGAAAGGAACAGGUUUGCUGCCCCUUUCUCUAAAUCGCAGCUCCACAAUAUUAUAACGUGAAUGAUAGAAGAGGAAAUAUCAUUUGGGCACGAUAAGCGCUCUGAUCAAUAUAAUAAUCCCAUUGAAACACACACGACAAUUUAAUUCGUCAUUCCUUUGAUAAUUUUUUCAAGUUUUUGCUCAAAAUACUUUAUCAAAAUUCUGUGAGUCCAUGAAAUCCGCUUCUAUCAGAUUCUCGCGUUUAUACAGAUGAAAUCGGAAGAUGCGAAGCAUGCGUGAGAUUGUCGCGACGUUAACGUCGCGGGGAGGAGGGGGGCGUACUUUUUCGCGCCAAUUCCGCGCGGCCACGUGCGUACGAUGCCACGCGUGCGACAUCGUUGCGCGCACAGACACAUCAUUGUGUGACACGCCGUCCCAUAUAAGUGACACAUAUCGAUAUUAAUCCGUCGAGAAAACGGGAACGUGAGAAUAAACGAUCUUACCACCGCGUCACGCCUCUGUGAGAGUCAGCUGUUUUUUCAAUCGAUAAUUUUAGUUUUAGUAUGUAGGGACGAAAAAAAGGGGAACAUUCUUUCUAAGAGAUUAAAUUGAUUGCCAUUAGUUAUUUUUUUUUUUUUUUAGCUUUUCUUUUUUAUAAGCACGAUCUAUUUUUUAUUGUACAGAUUUUCUCUCUCGUUUCGAUCGCGAAUCUAUUCUCGUGUAGUUGUUUAAACAAAUGUUUCCGGUUUGUAAAUUAUUAAACUUGACUUGAAAUAGAGAACAGUCGAUAUGCGAAUCUUCGACGAAUCAAAACUAGAAUAUUCUAAUUUUGCUGCAAAGCGACAAAGUAACGUAUAAAAUUCGUAACAAAAAUCUGUCUUUUUAUUUGCAAAGAUAGAGAAGCAUUAAUUCGACUCUAGCGAGCGAUAUUAUGGGUUAACGAGCGGUCUGCGCUGGGGAUCUGUGGGGGAACUGAAGGGGAGAGCGAGAAAUAGGGAGAGAGAGAGAGAGAGAGGGAUGAAUUUUCAAACAGGCUUGCGAGGAAGAGAACACGAAGGGGCGGAGGAAGGGUGCCACCCUGAUGAACCCGGGCGCGGCAUUGGUGCACGCUGCGCGGGGUGCACGCUCUUGCAGCUCGCAAAUACCGACCAGGGGGAGGAAAGGAUACGACGAGGGUGGAUGACAGGGGUUGAGGGAGAGGCCGAGGGAAACGGGGGGAGAGAAGGGGAAGAGAGGGUAGACGUAUCAGAUCGAUACUCGGCGAAAAGCGCGGGCUGAGCAGAGACGGCGCACGGCUUUGUAUCUACAGUUGGUCCAUCGCGAGAUACGGAUGCUGUGUUUGUGUGUGUGUGUGUGUAUGUGCGUGCGCGCGAGAAUACGCACAAUCUACCGGCUGGAAUAUUCGAAUCAAUGCCGGAUGUUUGUUUCCAUAAUACACACAUACACGUGUGGACAGGAAUAAGUCGAGUGAAUGGAAUUGGAUACCGUAAAUGCGUACGUCGGGAUGGAGCAGGGAUUGUCCGGGGAUCCGUGGGACUGCCUGUUCGGCAGCGACAGCAUCUCCGACGCCUUCCAAGGCCGUCCAGAUAUGUUCCAUAUGGACAUCCGGCGUUGCGACAACACGGGUCGACUCGGCUGGCACGGUCCGGGUCUUGGUUUCGACUUCGACGAUGUCUUGACGGAGACCGAGGAAGACGCGGUCGGUUUCAAUGACAAAAGCCGUAGCUCGAAUAGCAACCUGGAGGAACUAAAUCUGGACAGCGACAGCGAGCUGGCAUUGACGUUGGACCCGAAUUUGAUAUUGCCGCGCAACAUGUGCAUGCCUAUCCGCAGCCCCGCGUCGAACAGCGAAGCGGCGAUGUUAGAGACGGCGAGCGUGGAAGAGAACGUUGUUGAGAACGAGGGGGAAGAGACGGAGAACGAAAGUGAGGCCGAGCGAACCGAAAACGACGAGGAGAACGAAAGCGAAGAAGAGGAGGAAGAGGAAGAGGAGAUCGAGGAGAACGAGCACAACGAAACAGAAUACGAGGAGACGGAGGAAGAAGAGACGGAAGAGGAGGAGGAAGAGGAGGAGACGGAGGACGACGAGCAGCAGGAUGUGACUGCCGCUCAACUUGCAUCCUCGAACGCGGAAACGCCGACGUCGAUGUCAUCGUCGUCGUCCUCUCCCGGUAUCAGGACGACGGUGGCCGCAUCCUCCUCGCCGACGAUACAACUGACGAGGGUGCAGAUGCAGCACUCCAAGAUAGGUACCGUGUCCGGCACGAUGGAUAUCAAGAUGUUGACCUCUAGCCCGGGCGGUCAUAUACGCAAACAGAUUUACAACAAUAACGUGCACGACGUCGGUCCAGGUGCGACCACGACGGUGAUGAUACAGACGGCGAAGCGGGAGAAGGAUCUGACGAGCCAGCGCGACAACCCCUAUCCGAAGCCCGCGUACUCGUAUUCGUGUCUCAUCGCGAUGGCAUUAAAAAACAGCCAAACGGGCUUGCUGCCAGUCUCUGAAAUCUACAACUUCAUGUGCCGACACUUUCCCUAUUUCAAGACCGCGCCGACGGGCUGGAAAAAUUCCGUAAGGCAUAACUUGUCGUUGAACAAAUGCUUCGAGAAGAUCGAGAAGCCGCCCGGCAACGGUAGCCAGCGUAAGGGCUGCCUCUGGGCCAUCCAUCCGUCGAAAGUGGCCAAGAUGGACGAGGAGGUACGAAAGUGGUCGAGGAAAGAUCCGAUUGCGAUCAAGCGGGCCAUGGUACAUCCCGAUCAUCUUGAACUUCUCGAACGGGGCGAGAUGAAGUACGAAGGUGACAGACACGAGGAGAUCUACGAGGAUGCGGAGAGCUACGCGGGCUCCGAGACGGGCGGGUCUGCGGCAGACGAGAUCAUCAACGAUGACGAGAACAUCACGUACGACGAGACCAAACACAUCGAUAUCGUCGACGAAGAUAUCGUCGUAGGGCAGCUCUACGAAGGUCUCGAUCUCGGCGACGCCGCCGAGUUACUUGACACGCGACUGACCGACUUUCCCAGGGAGGAACAAUCCUUCGUGUACGAGUACGUCUCGUGCGCGAAACGUCAAAAGACCCUCUCAAGUUCGCCGAUACAGAGCAAGUACGUCUAUCAACAGGUCAGUGCGGCGUCGCCGCGAAAGAAGUCACAUCUUGUCGCACUACGACCCGGAAGUAGUCCGAUCACCGGAUCGCUUCUCGAGGCCGAUUGAGUGGUCUCUUGGGAUAUUGCCCGGGAUAGUCUCAUCUAAUGAGACUUUUUUAUCACUACACUAUUGUAAAUAAUUGUGUAUCGUACUUUUUUUACAUCUAGAUUUUGUAAAUAAUCGAUUUGUGUUUUAUAUUGAUAACGUGUAUUUUUUUUAUACACAACGCUCUUGUAAAUAAUUGUAAUUUUAAAAUGUACAAAUUACGUGUACAUAUAUACAGUGUACAAAGGCUGUUUUUUUUUCCUUUUUUUACAAACGUGAUAUGGGACCACAGUCGCGCGCGUGUAGAAAAGUUUUACAUCCAAGAGUGAUCAGUUAGUAUUCUACUCUAUGCAUAUUUGUACAUUUUGUAGACAUAUGCGCGAGAAAAUUUGCAGACAGGAAAUCAAACUCGUUUUCCGUACGACUGUUAUAUUAUUAAACUUUUGGAUCAUAUAUGUCAAAUUUCGCGCUAUUACUAUUUUGUAAUAAACGUUUUUUGAUGAUCAUUAAUUUUCUACUUUUUUUCGUUUUGUGAUUCUCGCAAAAUAAUAAAAACACACAGAGAUAAUAGUGCAGGAUAUACGUCGACUUCCUCGCACCGUCCACGCAAAUAGAAAAUAAAUUAAUCGAGAAAUAAGUACGAAAAGAACUCGCAACUUAACACUGCCAAGUAUGGUCAAAGAUAAAGUUAUGUUAGCGUUAACGUGUAGAUUACAGUAAAGAUACAUGACAUACGAUCUCAUACCGAAUUUUCGACGACUACAAUUCACGUAUAUAUUACUAUCCCUUCCUUGCGAUUACGUAAAAUUUUUGAAAAUCUUUUUUUUUACUGAAUCAUUAUAUUUAGCUCUUUUAGCAAAAGUAUUAUUUUUAUGCAUUACGCGCAUGUAUCGACUGAUAUUACUAAUUAGCAAUAGAAAGUCCCUAAUCUAUUUUAUAAUUUUAAUUAUAAUGUUAAAAUAGUUGGCAAGAUUUUUUAAAUUUACAAACGAGAAUGUCCGCCUAUUAGAAUGAAUUUUUGAUAACAAAAUCCUUCCUAUUUUUCCAUUCGGACAGAGGGAUUUUUGCCAAAAAAAUAAUGUUGAGCGAGAAAGUAGCUAUGCGAAUCUUUUCAAGAUUUCAUCUUCGACAUUUUAUCUAGUUACGACUCGAUGUACAUCGUAUUUAUACAUAUACAUAAAUCGUUCGUUGCGUUCGAACGUGAAUUUCAUUCCAGUCGAGCGAGACCAAGCUCUAUAACGCUUAUAAUUCAUUUAGCGAUAAAGAAAAUAGGCGACUGGGAGGGCGAUAGCAUUAAGGUAGCAAUUAAGUUAGCGUAGCGUAGUUUUUGUACCUGU